AUGGGGUGACGACUUUGCUUUGAGCCGCGAAGUAUCGCCACGUCUCCUAAACCAUGAAAAAAUGGAACCGCCGGCGGUAAAAUCACCGUUGAAUUACCCGGCAAAAUGUUUCAGUUAUUCUCCAGCUAUUAUGCUCACAAAUCGCGGCCAAAUGCUUCUUCGGCGUCGCAAAUUAAAUUAUGUUCGAACAGCUUCCCUUGCUUUGAAAUUCCCUGCAGUGAUCAAGGAAUGCGAAAAUUGUGAAGCGAUUGAUGCAAGCGAGCGGAAAAAGAAGGAGUGGAUACACUUUGUCGGAGUCGGAGGUUGUGGUUUGUCCGCUCUCGCCAUGCUUGCUCUAAAACAAGGUUACGAGGUCAGCGGUUCUGAUAUAAUGUGGAAUAAAGCCAUGGACGCAUUGCGAGAAGCCGGUGCCCGAGUGUAUACAGGCCAUUCUGAGCUUAGUUUGAGAAAGCAUAACGGUUCGAUGCCUGAUGCCCUUGUUGUGUCGAGCGCGAUUUGUGAAGACAAUGUCGAGAUUUUAUAUGCCGAGUCUGUUGGAGUACCUGUGUACGAGCGAGGAGCUUGGUUGGGCAGGAUCACUGAAAGCUACAACCUCAUUGCUGUCAGUGGGAGCCAUGGGAAGAGUACCACAGCUAGUAUGCUUGCUUAUGUCUUAAAUGCAAUGGGCAAUGAUCUUACAGCUGUAAUUGGGGCUUGGGUGCCACAGCUUGCUGAAAGAAACAUCAUCUGUGGAACUGGUGGCAACUUUGUAUUGGAGGCUGAUGAGUAUGACUGUUGCUUCCUUGGAGUAACACCUCGGAUAGCUGUGGUAACAAAUAUAGAUUGGGAGCAUGUAGACAUUUUCCAAGAUGAGGAAGCAGUUAAAACUAUUUUCCGGAAGUUCAUAGGGCAGAUAAAGGUCGGAGGACAUUUAAUUUUAUGCGGUGAUAGUCUAGGUGCAUGCUCUUUGGUCAACAAAAUGGACUCAGACUCUGAUCCUAGUUCAAUUCUUCGGAAUGAUGCAUUCCAGAUUUCAACUUAUGGAAUUUCUAGUUGUAACGAUUGGCAUCCCUUAUCAAUAUCCCCAAACUGUUGUGGAGGUAGUGACUAUAAGCUGUUUCACAAGCGACAUCAUAUUGCGGACAUCAGCCUACAGAUUCCUGGAGUCCACAAUGUUCUUAAUUCAUUAGCAGUCAUUGCAACUAUCCAUGCUCUUUUUGCGGAUCAGAAAAAAUUUCUUAGUUCCAUGGCUUAUUUGAAGCUUCACAUGCAAAUAUUUAGAGGUGUUUCCAGACGUUUUGAGAAGAUAGGUACUGUACGCGGGUGCCAUAUUUAUGAUGACUACGCUCACCAUCCCACCGAGAUUCAAGCUGUUCUUCAGGCAGCACGCCAGAUAUUUCCAUUUCAAGAACUUAUAGUAAUAUUUCAGCCUCAUACUUACAGUCGCCUAGCAGCAUUGAAAGAUGACUUUGCUACUGCAUUCACUAAUGCGAAUAGGGUUGUGAUUACAGAGAUUUAUGCAGCUAGAGAAAGAAAUCUUUGGAAGAUCAGUGGAAGGGAUCUUGCAAUGUCUAUAGUUGGCCCACCAUCUGAGUUUAUCCCUACCCUGAUACAAGUGCUGGAAAAGCUGGUUGAUCAGAUAUCCAAGGAUCCCGAUCAUGAAACUGUUAUCUUGACUUUAGGAGCAGGAGACAUAACUUCGGUGGGUCAUAAACUACUACCUGAAUUGCAGCAGAGAUUGCUAUAAUAUGCUGCUUUGCAAGACGACAGCAAAUAUUUCCGUUUUUGGGACAUGACAACGCUUUUCACAGCCUCAAAUUAAAACAGCUAAAGAAGCAGAGUGUCCUAGCACCGUGCACAUUCAUCUGCACUAAAUAGAUGGUGCCAAGCGUGACCUCGGUGAUGGAAGAUGUCGUCAUGCAGAUAUGACGAUAAUGUUUAACUGCUUGAGAUCAUAUGCAUCCAAUGAUUGCUUUCUCUGCUGCAGCAAACACACCAAUCAAAAGGAAAAGACCUAGGCAAUGGUAUAGAAGGGAUGGAGUAAGAAAGUACCGCACUGCACCCCCAGUAGCAAUGAAUCUUCUCGGCUGUUACGUCCCGGUAAUUGAUUGUUGAGUAUGUAUGUCGGCAACAAUGUGGUUUCUCACUCUGUGACUGUAGACAUGUGAUUUUUUGACCCUCC